AAAUAUUUAAAAAAUGACAUAAAUAAAAGAAUGCGCCUUUUGGGAAAUGAGUAAAUUAAAAGUGUUAAUGCACUUUUAACACCCCUUAGAAGGCUUUCUUAAGUGAUAAUUUAUAUAAUUAACUCAUUACUACACACCAUAAAAGACCCUAAAAAGGCUUACUCAACCCUCACUCUUAAACUACAAGCAAAUGCAUCACCCAAGUAAGAUGUAAUUUAACUUUUAUGUUUUCAUAACGCUAAUUAGUCAUGUUCACACUGUCCUUCUAAGGCAGGUGAUAAAUUUAUAAAAAAUAUAAACAUACCCAUAACCAAGCAUAAAUCUCAAUUAAAUUUAAACAAUUACACAAACGAAAGGGGAAAAAUAAAGCGAUAAAUAGCGUAAAGCGAAGCGCAGGCCGAAAGCAACAUAAGAACCGAGAAACAAGCAAAACAAAAAUAAAACCAAAAAAAAAAACAGAAACAACAAUCCGAAGCCGAAGCUGCGAUUGAAGCUGACGAUGACGUCACAAGCUUAGCUUCGGCCAAGCGGCGAGCGGUGAAGCAGCGCUGUCGACGUCGACGCCGGCGAUAUAUCCAAUAGCGCGCCAAAAUAAGAAGUCGAAAUUCAUUCCUUUCGAGCCCACAACGUUCAAAUUCGUUUGCUACGCUCACGAGAGCGGACGUGCAGUGCGGAUAAAUCCGACAACAAAAUCAGACCCAGAUCCAAGCUAUAUACUAUAUAUACAAAAACAAAAAAUCAUAAUAAAACCCUCACGAAAUCAAAACAAAAAGCCAAAUUAAAAACGCGUCUGUUGCUUGCGGUUGUUGUGCUUCGUUUGCAUUUAAAUUAACAAAAGAAAAACUACGAGAAAAAUUAUAUAAAAAGAAAGCCAAUUAAAUUUGUGUGAAAAGUGUGAUCAAAAACCUACCAAAUUAACUAGCUAAAACGUAGAUCUGUGCAAAAUUCGAAAUGGAGAAAAACAAUAACAACCUGCCAGCUGUAAGUGAGCAGAUUCUGGCCAAUGGACACGCUCUCUCGAAUGGCAACGGAGUGGUCCACCCUAAAGAGCAGGCAGUGACUCCUGUUACGGACAGCUGGGGUCAGUUCCUGUGGAAUGCCUGGGAUGCCUUUGCGGAUGUGGCCUGGUUCAUCAUCUGCUGCAUUGGAUACAUUCUGCAGGAUCUCUACUACAUUGCCUUCGGCUAUCCCGAAAAGGAGCUCAGCACAGACGUUGCCCUGAUCACAGGUGGAGGCAAUGGACUGGGUCGUCUGCUGGCCGAGAGACUGGGCAAGAUGGGAACCAAGGUCAUUAUCUGGGAUAUCAACAAGAAGGGCAUUGCGGAAACUGUGGAAAUCGUAGAAGAAGCUGGCGGUUAUUGCAAGGGCUAUGUGGUGGAUAUAUCCAAAAAGGAGGAGGUCUACAAGGCAGCCGAUGUCAUCAGAGAGGAAGUUGGUGAUAUCACUCUGCUGAUCAACAAUGCGGGCGUUGUAUCUGGCCUGCACCUUCUGGACACACCUGACCAUCUCAUCGAGCGUUCCUUCAAUGUGAAUGUCAUGGCACACUUUUGGACGACAAAAGCAUUUCUGCCCAAAAUGAUUGAGAAUGAUCGAGGACACAUUGCCACGAUCGCCUCGCUGGCCGGCCAUGUGGGCAUUAGCAAAUUGGUCGAUUACUGUGCAAGUAAAUUCGCAGCGGUUGGCUUUGAUGAGGCUUUGAGACUGGAGCUGGAAGUCCUUGGACAUACGAACAUCCGUACCACCUGUAUCUGCCCCUUCUUCAUCCAGGCCACUGGCAUGUUCGACGAUGUGAAUGCCAGAUGGGUCCCCACACUGAAUCCCAACGAUGUGGCCGAUCGUGUCAUUGCUGCCAUCAGGAAGAAUGAGAAACUUGCCGUCAUCCCGGGCUUCCUGAAGGUCCUCCUCUCGUUCAAGUGGACCUUCCCCUGGGGCUGUGUGGGUGGUUUGCUGAAGCGCCUGGUGCCCGAUGCCUCACCCCAUGGCCUGCCUAGCUCCAUAGCCGCCCCCGUACCGCUGCAGAUGAAGUCGACGGCCGCCGAUGAUAUUGCCGCUCUGGAUGCUGAGCUAAGUAGCGUUACCCUGCCGGCGAAGCCACCCUCGAUGCUCAUCCAAAGGACACCGUCGCUGGGGGAGCGUGUACUUUGAGCAUGUCCAUGGCGUAGACACCCAACACCACCCACUCCCGUUGUUGUUAUUAUUCCACAUUAUAAGUUUUUCUUUUUUCCAAACGUUGUGUGCAUUUUAUGAGCGUGUGGAGUUACGAGAAUGUGUAAUUGAAUUUCGUGUUUUUGGCAUUUUGUCGCGCUGCGAGGAACCAUUUACUAAAUCUAAGCUACAAAUCUAGUGAUAUUACAUUUAGUUAAAGUAGAUUGAAAGGGGAAAGAAAGCGUCUAGCCUUAAUUAAUCGAAUCGUAUUUUUGUAAUGCCUAAUGUACGAUUCUCUCUCUCU